GCGAUUGGCUGGGGGUCAUGGCCGGGAGGAGGCGGAAGCGCGGGGGGAGGCCGGAAGCGGCGCGCGAUGGAGCUGAGUGAGAUGCUGUAUACAACGUCCGAGUACAUCGAGACGGCAUCUGGCAACAAAGUCAGCAGACAGUCUGUGCUCUGUGGAAGCCAGAACAUAGUUCUGAAUGGAAAGACGAUAGUUAUGAAUGAUUGUAUUAUUCGUGGUGAUCUGGCAAACGUAAGAGUUGGACGCCACUGUGUUGUGAAAAGCCGCAGUGUCAUCAGGCCGCCUUUCAAGAAAUUCAGCAAGGGAGUUGCUUUCUUCCCUCUCCACAUUGGUGAUCAUGUCUUUAUAGAAGAAGACUGCGUUGUCAAUGCAGCCCAGAUUGGCUCCUACGUUCACAUAGGCAAGAACUGUGUCAUUGGUCGUAGGUGUGUUUUGAAAGACUGCUGCAAAAUUCUAGCCAACACAGUUCUACCCCCUGAAACCGUGGUCCCGCCUUUUACAGUCUUUUCAGGCUGCCCAGGGCUCUUCUCUGGAGAACUCCCAGAAUGCACCCAAGAGCUGAUGAUGGAUGUUACAAAGAGCUAUUACCAGAAGUUCUUGCCACUUACUCAGGUCUAGUAGCCUAUUUACUGUGUUUCAGAGAAGUAAAGGCACUACAGGGAGCUUUGGGGAGGGGAGGGAUGUUUAGUGAGCUCUGCUGUUUGGAGUGGCAUGUCCUCGCUCUGUGUUAUUAACGCUGUAGCUCCAGCAAGCAGAACCUUGUGAAAAGUUGCUGUGCCAUGUUUAAACUUUGUAUAUUUACUCAAAUGUAUUUUGUUCCAUAUUGUCUGUGAGGUGCGCCAGUAAACGUUUUGGGGUUGGAGUGCAGUUACAAUUCCCACUAGACUAAUGCAUCCUGCUGCUGUUGAGCAAUGAGGCAGGACCCUACUGUAAAUACUUCCUAGCUAAAGUGAAUCGCAUAUAUCUGUUCUGUUCAGCCUGACAGUGUGUCUGACUGUUAAAAAUAACCUUUGCUCUCGAACAGAGAGGCUGUGUGGCCAGCAUCCUCAUUAAGAGUGACUACUGUAAAUACUUACUAAGAGCCAGGAUUUUCCUUCAUCUCCCCUGUAGCCCAUGCACCGAGAUUCUCUUCCACGCUAAGAAUAGAACAUCUUCUGCCUCCCUUAGCUCACUUCAAAGCUUUCAGUAACCUAGCUUCCCUGACUCCUACCCCACAGGCCUAUGGGCAGAGCCUGGGCUUUCUCUGCCCUGUCUGAAGGGAAACAUCUCACCAGCUGGUAACUUCUAGCAGUAGAGACAUUUACCUCCACUAAUCCCAAAUGCCUUGCAGGGUUAGUUUUCAUGGCUGAUGCCCAUUUUAUUUCUGAGCAUCAUGCAGCUCAGUCUCAGCUGGGAUUAUAGAAAGAGGAUGCCCUCCACUGCACUGAAUUAUCUGGAACCAAGAGUGGGGAGUGUGGCAUUUAUCCAGGGUUGCAGUACUGCAUGGGGCAGAGCCUGUUGGCAGCUUUUACUUGCAGUGUAAAACUGUAACAUGAAAAAAUCAAAAAUCUCUAGAAAAAGUAGGGAGUGGCAUUUUGGGCACUGUUCAGCAGACACUAGGCAUAAUUCUUAUGGAGGUAGCGUGUGUGCCUAACUCACAUGAGGCUACAAACUCCACACACCUGACUCCUGUAGGGUGGGCCCUGCCAAGGAUAGAGUCUCUUUUUGUUAGAUUGUAUUCAACCUUAGCAUUACCCCUUCCCUGCUGAAUGUGGGGGCCUCUGGGUGGUCUCCUGCACUGACUGGGGAGCCAGGGUGCAUGGCAUUAGUGUUGUAGGCGUGUGGUGGUGCGAAUAGGUGCAAAGGGCCUUUAGCUGUUUUGUAUCACGUAGGGCUCUGAUACACAUUAACUAACUAGCAGCUAUAUAAAUACUACCUGUGUUGUAACUAUGGUUAAUCAAAUGUAACACCACUGUCUGAGUUGUUUGUAUUUUUUCCUGUACAUAAAUUAAAAGCCUCUUAUAUGGGUCAAGUGA